GGCGGCUGCGUUUCACUCCUGCCUCGGAAGCACCGCGCGCCAUCUGCGGCUCCUUUAAGAAAGCAGCGCCGCACACUGACGACAUUUCCUCGGCCCUGGUGUCUGGUCGUCACUGCGAAGUCAACAGGAGACGAGGCUGCUAGGACCUGCAAGCACCGGGCCCUACCAGGGAGCUCUCUCCACACAGGAGGAGGGGGACGCAACUGGUAUUUCUCAUUUUUCGGGGAAUAAGCGGCUAACCGUUCAGCGCAAGGAGACAACAUUUGGUCGGCGUUCAAAAAAAAAAGCGGAUAUGGUUGAGAUGGAUGGACCAAGCGAGAGGCAGUUUUCGCCGUGAGACUGGCACUAAUUUGGACGGACCGAGCAGCAGCAGCAGCAGGUGUACUGAAGGAUAAAGAAGACUAAAGGCAAUCUCAGUGUUCAUGAAACUUUGCUACGAUUUACGUGCUGGGGUUGCCGUCCGCCAUGUUAAGGUAAAGCCCAGGUGCGCGGUGUUGACCAUGCUAAAGCGCCUGGACAAGAUCCGCUUCCGAGGCCCGAGGACGAGAGACGACUUCCCGGACCUGGCCGAGUCGCCGCCCGCCUCCGACAACGAAUGUAAUGACGACAUGCAGCUGAAGCCCCGGGCGGCUCCACGGGAGACGGAGGACGUCCUGCGAGACCCCGCUGGUUCGGGGUCUCCCACUAUGGCUGCGGCCAUCCAGGACUUCCAGAGGUCGGAGUCAGACCGACUCAACGAAGUCAAAGGUCACUUGGAAAUUGCCUUACUGGAGAAACAUUUCCUACAGGAGGAGCUGAGGAAGCUGCGGGAAGAGACCAACGUGGACUCCCUGCGGCAGGAGCUGGAGAGGGAGCGCAGCAAAAGGAUAGACCUGGAACAGAAGAUGAACGAGGUGCUCAAAACCAGGCUAGAGGACUCUCCGCCGCAGCCGCCCCGAAAACAGCAGUCGCCCUCAAACAAUGGAACAGCAGACAAACAGCAGAAGGAGGUCUGGAGCUCCCGGCUGCAGAAGUGGCUGUACGAGCGCUUCGGGGUUUACAUCGAAGACUUCCGCUUCCAGCCGGAGGAAAGCACUGUGGAGGCAGAGGAACCGCUAAGUGCUAAAAGGUUGACAGAAAACAUGAGGCGCCUCAAGAGAGGAGCCAGACCUGUCACCAACUUCUUAAGGAACCUCUCCGCCUUAUCGAACUGGCACUCCGUCUACACCUCAGCUAUUGCCUUCAUUAUUUACAUGAAUGCUGCUUGGCAUGGUUGGGCCAUUCCCAUGUUCCUCUUCCUGGCUAUCCUGCGCUUGUCCUUAAAUUACCUCAUCGCCAGAGGUUGGAGGAUCCAGUGGAGCAUUGUGCCUGAGGUCUCUGAACCCAUGGAGCCUCCAAAGGAAGACUUGACUGUAUCGGAGAAGUUUCAGCUUGUACUUGACGUUGCACAAAAAGCACAGAACCUUUUUGGUAAGAUGGCAGAUGUUUUGGAGAAGAUAAAGAACUUGUUCAUGUGGGUGCAGCCAGAGAGCACCCGGAAACUUUACGUCUGCCUCUGGGUGGCGUUCAUCACCUCCUGCAUCCUGCCAUACAAACUAAUGGGCUUCAUGAUGGGCCUGUACGCCGGUAUCAAGUUCUUCAUCAUAGACUUCCUGUUUAAGAGCUGCCCGAAGCUCCGGGACAAAUACGACACGCCCCACAUCGUGUGGAACAGCCUUCCCACCGACCCCCAGCUCAAAGAGAGGAGCAACGCCACCGUGUCGCGGCGGCUCUCUGUCAUUGAGAAGGUUCAGCCUGUGGUGUCUAGGGGCAGUCUCGCCACCAUCCCAUGUGGGGUGAACAGAGAGGAGGAGACGGGUCGCUCUCACAGCACCAAGAAGGGGGCCUUUCAUGAGAUCUUCAACCUGCCGGAGUCUGAGCGCCCUCUUCCUGUGUGUGAGAACGGCUGGAGGUGCUGCUUAAUAAACCGAGACCGGAAGAUGCCCACAGACUACAUCAGGAAUGGAAUGCUUUACGUCACAGAGAAUUACCUGUGCUUUGAGAGCUCCAGCUCCAGAUCCGGCUCCUCCAAGAAGAAUAAAGUCAUCAAGCUGGUGGAUAUCACUGACAUACAAAAGUACAAAGUGUUGUCAGUCCUGCCAGGAAGUGGGAUGGGCAUCUCUAUAGCCACUCCAUCCACUCAGAAGCCAUUGGUGUUUGGUGCCAUGAUCCACAGAGAUGAGGCUUUCGAGGCCAUCUUCACCCAGUACAUGAAGAUGAUGACCACCACCAAACCACCAUCCAGCUCAGAGCUGUAGAUACCCUGCAGCCCAGCAGCCGCAUACCUCCAUACCGGGGCUAAAAAUCUGAGGCACAGAGCCUCACAAGUUUCAUCUGGAAGAUACUUUCAACAUCCACACUCCUCUGCUGUGGUUGAGCCUCCUCCUCCUCCUCUAGCGAUGGGCGUCGGCUUCCUCACCGACGGCUCGGCUUUGAUCGCUGGAUUUUCCUGCUUCGGCCAUGUUGUAGAGGAUAUGUGGGCGUAGCUGGUAUUUAGUCUCAUGACACACUGGAUAAUGGACAGAAUCUGCUGACAGAGGAGGGAGGAUCAGUGGUGGUUUCUAUCAAUCAGCUGGAGGCUGGUGAGGGGGCUGGUUCUCCUCUCCCACCUCACUGACCAACCGACGAGCUGACUACUUUCCUGACUCACUUGUUUCUAUGUUUGCAUGUGUGAGUGCGUGUGCGUUCAUAAACGUGUCGGUUUUUCUCUUUAUUCUGCAGUCAGUGGAGUGACGUCUGCUGUGGUAGGAAGACUUCAACAAGUGCUCAAAAAAACAAAAAAAAUUUCAAAACUAGCAGAGAAAAAAGAGGUUCUUAACUGCCAGACAUGUAUAGGAACGGCUGUAUAAGCUUUAGCUUCAUAAAUCACAGCGAAUCAAUGUUCAGCUAUCUACACGUUAAACUGAUCGGUGCCUCUCGGCAUAGCCCAACAAAAUGGUAGGAGUGUAUAUGUGUGUGAGUGGUCAGUGACUGUAUUUUUUUAAAUGUGUAUUAUUAGCUGUGAAGACGUCAGAUCACCGUUUGACUGACACAGAGCCUUUCUGUUAGUUUACAUCGCUGCUGUCUCACUGUUUUUUUCGGUUCUUCUCUGGAGACAUUUCAGCGGUAGUCGUCACUGUCGCUCUAACAAAAACAAAAAAAAUUGUACGCUUCUGUGUUUGUAAGUGUGCGUAUGUAAAACGUGCAGUGAAUAGUUUUUUUUUUUUCUUUUUAAUGCCUUUUUUUUUGUUUGUUUGUUUUUGUCUUCGUAACAAACCGCCUUUUUGGAUGAGCAGCUUUCGGCCCUGCGAGCUGCUGGUUGUGUCCGAGACGAGAGCACAACGCUGGCUGCCAUUUUUUUUUUUUUUUAGAAAGGUGGCGCAGUGAGAGAGCAUAGCCUCCCAUGUCUCAUCUUCUCUUCUUCUCUUCUCAAGGCACAAUCUGUUCAUAGAAAGAGAGAGAUUCACCAUCGCUGGUAUUUUCCUCGCACUUUAUCACAACAUGUUAACUGGAAUUUGUUGACCAUUUUUCAGACUUUAAAGGCCCACUACUUCACACCUGGUCAGUGUUAGCGACAGUUUCCAGGCCACCACCCCAUCCCUAUGGUAUUUCUCUUUUGUCUGACUCAUUGAGCCAGCACCAGUCACAUUCUGAAGAAGGUAUUUCAACUUGAAACUCAAACCACUGAGUGGCAAUCUCAGACAUUUCAGUCAUGGUUAAUUCAGAUAGACCUGUAGUUACUACAGUGGUAAUCACAAAUAUGAUUUAAUGCUACAGGAACUUUGUUAGAUGAUAAUUGGCUUUUUUCCAUCCUUCUAUUUUUUUCCCCAAGGAACCAAGUUCCUGGUUCAAGUUCCAGUUCAUACUUUCACGUCAAGCUAAUAAUAAUGACAUGAAAAUCCAUCACAGAUUCUCAUUAAACGCAUCUUUGCUGGUCAGGUUGUUUCAGGUUCCAAAAGCAGUAAUAGAAAUCAAAUCCCAAAACCAGGAUUACCAUCUGUAAAAAAACAAAAAACAACAAAAAAAAAAAAAAAAACAUUCUAUUAUUUUCUAUUCUUGUCUCUUGCCUCUCUCUUGCACUUUUACGUAACGCCACAGUGAGCGCUCUUCCUCACCGCGUCGGUGUUGCCGUAUCUUUUCAGUAGUCGGUGAAGUGGAGAGAGGAGAGGUCUGGACUGAGCGGAAUGUUUCGGCGUCACUUUAGUUCAAGUUCCGACGAGCAAAGCUGGUCUUUGUUCUCGGCGGAACGGCUCGAUGUGUAGAAAUAUAAUGCCAAACUACAUCAGACACUUUACCGUGUUUUGUGGGAUGAACGGAGACGGGAUGCAGGAGCGGAGGCGGUGAUUUCGGAGUUAGUCAGUCCCACUCCUGUUUAUUGAACGCCCAGCAGCCCAAGCUUCACAAAACACUCUAUAAAGGGAGACCUUGACUUUUGAAUACUUACUUUAGUCUUUGUUACGUUCUGUGUAAGAGAAUCACUUAAAAUGUCAAGGCUUCUCUCUGCAAAUCCUCUCGUUCAUCCUUGUUAGAAUCAGCUGAGCUGGAUAUGAAGUUGCCAAAGUAGCAAUGGAACCAGUUAUAGUCCAAAUGAAAGUAAAGGGUUCUUUUACAUUUCUAUGAUUUAGCCUCUUAUGAAUGGGCUGCCUUCCCAAACAUGGAUUCCUAUUUUUGUUUAGAAUCUGAUCCAUGAACGGGUGAAAUCGGUCUCGUCGUAGUCUUAAAGCUUUUACCUGAAGCCUUUUUGUAAUCUGUUAUCUCUGAGGAGCAGCCCGGCUAUAAGCUCCAACAUGGCCGCUCUCAGCUGAAGCACAGAAUGUAUCACGUUCUACAUGUCUACCAUUAUGAUUUUUGUUUUCUUUUGCCAAAUCGUUGUGUGUCUGUCUGCCAUAUUCUGCCUAAGCUCAUGUUUACAGAAGGUUGUAAAAAAUACGCCGUUGUCUUUCUUUUCUUUUUCGGUUGUUCUUUUGGUUUAACCCAGUUUGAAUUCCUUUGCCUCUGGAGUUAUGAAGACUGGACUGCUGUUGUUGAAUUGAUGUCUCAUUGACUCUGCACCGCUCACGUGGCCGUCUCUGCUCGCCAGUAACCAACACCGACCGUAGAGGCGACAGGAGCAGUAUUUUAAGCCUCACGCACCGCGUACAUCGUCAUAUCUGACACCGCUGGAGUCGCGAUGUAGCGGAAGUUGUCGUUACCGCCGGGCUUCACGCGGAGCAGAGAUGGUCAUGGUGGACUGACACGGCAACAUCAAGUGUUUCUGACAGCUGGUUUGGUCCGUCCUGACACCUUUUGAAGAGUUGUAGAGAAUGAGCAAAAGCUAGGAUUGACUCUUUUUUUUUUUUUUUUGUAAAAGCAACAAGAACAUGGCUCAAAAAAUGUCUUUCUUACUGAGGGAUAGAUGAGAAAAUUUACUCUUUUCCAGAAUGUGUAUGGUCACCAUAGUUACCUUCAUUUAGGCAGAGGCCGUGCUAGCUCAGCUUUCCGCUAAGCUAAUGGUUCUUACUUAAUGUGGGAGGGAAAACUGGCACAUUUUGUUGAUUUAGUAUUUUUGCUUUCAGUCAAAGUCUUGUCAAACACAAGAGCAUCGAUUUUCUCAUCUAACUUUAUAGAAAGGAAGUAGAUUAGUCAGGAUUUUGAAGCUUUUCCUUCGACGUCUCUAAUGCUAUUCUGCUCGUAAUGACCGCAAAGGACUUACAGAUUCAUCCGCGCUCGUUGUCAAAAGCAUUGGUGUUGUCGUCUCCAUUCAAGCUGGUGUCCUCACCGUCGUAUUAAACACGUAUGUAGUUCCUCUAAUUGUGUGUAAAUGUUAAUGGUUAGUUUUCCAAACAUCUAAACGUCUGAGUGACCCAGACUGGCUGUGGCACCUGCCUGUUUGGACGAAUCUCAAAUAAAUUGUCUCAAGGCUCCAAAACGGCCUCAAUCUGAAAUCAAGACUGAAGUGAAUUAAAAAUUCUACAUCUAAAUAUAUAUAUAUAUAUAUAUAUAGUCCUGUUUUGUGGACUGAAGCAGCUCCUAGAUUAUCUGCUAAUUAAAGCCCAAGUGUUACUAGGAAAUCACUGUAGCCAUUACAAUGAGUAAUUAAUUUGUGGCUAUACAUGGUUUCCUUUUUUUUUCUUUUUUUUUGUCAAGGAGGAAUUUGUAUACAAAUUAUUGUACAGUGAAGAAAACACCACUGAGUUUUUAAAAGACAUGUCUAUUGUAAAGGAUAAUGUGAUGUACAUUUUUUAAUUUAAGUAAAUGAAUUUAAGGUA